AUGUCUCUUGAGUUCUUCCACAAUUUAACAUUGUUACAAUGUCUCUCUGUUAGCGCCUUCAUUACUACCGUAUCACUCUUCUUCUGUGGAAUACCGAUAUGUGUAAAUAUCUGGAAAAGACGAAAUACAAAAGAUAUCAGUGCAGUGCCGUUCCUAAUGGGUGUUCUCGGAGCGGUAUACUGGCUGCGAUAUGGUUUAAUGAAAACGGAUUACACAAUGAUCGCAGUGAAUAUCUUUGCCGCCACACUUAUGGGCUUAUAUCUUAUAUUUUACUACUUCAUGACUAAAAAGAAGCUAUGGAUCUCGAUUGAAAUUUGUGCCGUGAUAUUCCUUAUAUCAUUGAUGCUUCUUUUGGUCCGGAUAUAUAGGCAUGAUAUUUUUCAUCCACUUGGCUUUACAUGCAUGACCUUUAACAUUUUAAACUUUGGUGCACCGUUAGCUGGUCUUAAAGUGGUAUUACGGCAACGCAGUUGCGAGACGUUACCAUUGCCAAUGUGUAUAGCUAAUCUUCUUGUAUCAAGUCAAUGGGCUUUAUACGGUGUGUUGGUAUCUGAUGUUUACAUUAUUACACCGAAUGCGAUUGGAAUGCUGUUGGCAAUGAUACAGAUAGCAUUGUUCCUAAUAUUCCCAAUGAAACAAGGACGCCUUUCACCAGUACAACGGUGUUUCAAUCCUUCAUGCUGCGCUACAGCAGCUUCUUUCUCUUCUGAUGAGAACGAGAAAUUGAAGAAGCCAUAUAUACAGGAAAAGAACUCACUACUAAGCAGUAACAGAGAGUCUGUCCACGUCGCAGUUAUUAAUGAAAUGAAACCGAAAAAAUUGUGGAUUAAUAGUGCAGCUAAAAAAAGUGAAUUGGUGGACUCCGACUUGAGCAGAAGUCAAAGUGAGAAGCAAAAAGACAUCGAAAUACAUUAA